AUGGGAUGUCUGACGGGAGAGGCCGCCGAGGUCGUCGCCGGCGUGUCCCUGACGGACUCGGCUUAUAAGGGAGUCUGGCAGGAUUUGCUAGCCCGAUACGAUAAUCAGCGCGUCCUCCUUAGCGAGCACAUGCGGCAUGUUCUCUCUUGUCCGGCCGCGGUCAAGUCUUCGGCAGCGGAGAUCAAGCGAGUGCUCGGUGUGCUCAACCAAUCGCGGCGUGCUCUCGCUGCCUUAAAGCGGCCAGUCGAACACUGGGACGACUGGUUCGUGCACCUCCUGGUCAGCAAACUAGAUUCCAUGACGCGGAUGUACUGGGAGACGUCGCUAUCGGACUCGCGCGAAUUUCCGACAUAUGCACAGCUGCAGGCCUACCUGGAGAAUCGGAUUCGCGCGUUGGAGGCAGCAAAGAUAGAGCCGUCACUUCCGACAAGGGCGGGAACCGGCUCCAGUGCGAAACCGGCCACGAAGACGACGCGGACGUCGCUGAACGCCGCGGUGGUGUCGAAAGCGAAUUCCGCGAAGGUCUGUUCGAUGUGCCAGGGAGGACACCCGCUAUCAUAUUGCCAGAAGUACAAGAACCUGCCCGUGGCUCAGAGAGGCGAACAGGUCAAGAAACUAGGAGCGUGUCUGAAUUGCAUAAGACCCGGUCAUACCGCCGACGCGUGCCCGUCGAGCGGACGCUGUCUGGUCUGCGCCGGGCGGCAUCAUACUACUCUGCACGGCCUGAAUUCUAAAUCCCAAACCGCGGUCGGUAACAAGAGCUUGCUAAAUCAAGAGGAGGAAGGGGCCGUAGCCGACAUGAGCUCCUUGAGUGCUAGCUUGAACCCAGUGGCGGCUCCGGAGGGGCGAUCGGUCCCGCUGACAACAGCGCGGGUCCUGUUGCGAGGGGAAGCGGGACAGGAACUCAAGGUCAGGGCUCUUCUCGAUACGGGCUCCGAAGCGUCCUUCGUGACCGAGCGCGUGGCCCAGCAGCUUCGACUCAAGCGCCGACGGGUCAAGGUGACGGUGGCAGGCCUGCAGGGUACUCGGACGGGACAGGCUACGUCCUCCGUGAGGCUCAUUGUCGGUUCCUGUGUAGGCCCGGCACUGCGGGUCGAGACCGACGCGUUCGUGCUACGUCGACUGACUAACCUCCUCUCCGCCAGACACAACGCGGAGACGGCCUGGCCUCACCUGACGGACCUUCAGCUCGCGGACCCGGACUUCGCAGUGCCGGCAGAGGUGGACGUCAUUCUGGGAGUCGACGUCUAUGGCCAGGCGGGAUGGCAGCGUUCUGGUGAGUCUCUUGACGGCGAGAACCAAGGUGGCUCCAAUCAAGACCCAGAGCGUGCCACGCCUGGAACUGUGUGGCGCGGUUCUCUUGGCCCGAUUGCUGGAUCGGCUGGUGCGGGGGCUUGGCCAGAGGGCAAUUCCCGUUGUCGCGUGGACGAAUGCGCAGGUGGUCCUAUGCUGGCUGCGAGGACACGCCUCACGAUGGAAACCUUUUGUGGCUCACCGCGUGGCCGAGGACUGUGCCUGGCGAUAGAUGGAGAUACGGGCCCACCGGGCAGGGAUGCCACGAAAGCCUCUGACAGCCACAGCAACUGGAUGGGAUAG